GCCGCCCGCCCCCGUCCCUCCGCCUCCUGAGGCCCGGGGCUGCCUCCUCGGGCCGCGCCGGGGCCGCUCCGCACUGCGCAUGAGCGGGAGCCCGGCGAGCCCGUGAGAGGAGCCGCCGCCGCCGCCGCCGUCCAUUCGCUGCGGAGCCGGAGGAGGAGGGGAGAGGCCUGGAGGACACCAACAUGAACAAGUUGAAAUCAUCGCAGAAGGAUAAAGUUCGUCAGUUUAUGAUCUUCACACAAUCUAGUGAAAAAACAGCAGUAAGUUGUCUUUCUCAAAAUGACUGGAAGUUAGAUGUUGCAACAGAUAAUUUUUUCCAAAAUCCUGAACUUUAUAUACGAGAGAGUGUAAAAGGAUCAUUGGACAGAAAGAAGUUAGAACAACUAUACAAUAGAUAUAAAGAUCCUCAAGAUGAAAAUAAAAUUGGAAUAGAUGGUAUACAGCAGUUCUGUGAUGACCUCGCACUUGAUCCAGCCAGCAUUAGUGUGUUGAUCAUUGCAUGGAAGUUCAGAGCAGCAACACAGUGCGAGUUCUCCAAACAGGAGUUCAUGGAUGGCAUGACAGAAUUAGGAUGUGACAGCAUAGAAAAACUAAAGGCCCAAAUACCCAAGAUGGAACAAGAAUUGAAAGAACCAGGACGAUUUAAGGAUUUUUACCAGUUUACUUUUAAUUUUGCAAAGAAUCCAGGACAAAAAGGAUUAGAUCUAGAAAUGGCCAUUGCCUACUGGAACUUAGUGCUUAAUGGAAGAUUUAAAUUCUUAGACUUAUGGAAUAAAUUUUUGUUGGAACAUCAUAAACGAUCAAUACCAAAAGAUACUUGGAAUCUUCUUUUAGACUUCAGUACAAUGAUUGCAGAUGACAUGUCUAAUUACGAUGAAGAAGGAGCAUGGCCUGUUCUCAUUGAUGACUUUGUGGAAUUUGCACGCCCUCAAAUUGCUGGGACAAAAAGUACAACAGUGUAGCACUAAAGGAACCUUCUAGAAUGUACAUAGUCUGUACAAUAAAUACAACGGAAAAUUGCACAGUCAAUUUCUGCUGGCUGGACUGAACUGAAGAUCAAUCCUCACAAUUCAAACUGAGGGUUGAGACAAAACUUUAAGGAUACAUCUUGGACCAUAUCGUAUUUCAUUCUUCUAAUGGUGGUUUGGGCUUGUCUUCUAGUCUGGGCCGCUCUAAACAUUUAUAAUUCCAACGUUGUGGAUUUCAUCUUAUAUCUGUGGACCAUCCUAGUUUAUUCUCCCAUAAGUCUUAGAAGCUUUAUGGUGAUUAUUUUGAGGUUUCCAUUCUCGCAUAAAGCACAAUGCUGUCUUCAUCAGAAAACAGUUUGGCAUAAGAAUUAAACAUAAUGAACAUCACAAACAAUUUAUAAGAACUUCUUAAAUAUAUGCUUUGGGCUAGUUGCAAAGACUAUGCUGAUAGCACUUCCAAUGAGAGUGAUAUAUUUAAGUGUACUGGAUCUGAAAUGGUGUUUUGGUUUGGGGGGAUAUUUUUUUUUCCUGACAAAUCACAUGUGUUGUUGAUGUGCGUAGAGAAUCUGAUGAAAGAAACGUCAAAAUAACCAACGUGAAAAAUUUUUAGGAUAACUUGGUGCCUACCUGAAAAAUGUGUUUCAGACUCAUAAUUUCAAAAAGGUUUCACAGAACUAGUCUGCAUUUAACUUUACCCAUGUUUAUAUAUAAUGGUCCUACAGGGAGCUUUUAUUUAGAAAAUGUCUGCAUAAUGUUAGAUUCCACUCUUAUCUACAUUAUGCGCUACAUAAUUGGAUUUCAUUAUGCUUUUGAAAUGCUUAUAUGCCUAUCAAUAAGUUAAACUAUUUAAUUUGUUUUGAAUGUUUUGGGUUGCCACACAAUACAAUAUUCUAAAUUUAGGCAUAAGGGUUUUUGUUUUUGUUUUUGUUUUUUUCUUUCUGGUCAUCGCACUAUGGAACACAAAUGAAAUUCUUUUAAUUUAUAAAAAGAUAGUAGGAAUUAAAUUUUGGAAAUGGUUGUGAUGAGCCAUGAAGUUCAAUCUAUAUAAUAUAGGUACUGCUCUUUCAGAAAAGUAGUCCAUUUUUGAUGACUUCUUAUUUUGUUGAAAUUGCUUUAACUGCUAAUCACUGUGGUUGCCAAAUAUUUACUUCAGGAGCAAAGAUUUUCAAACAAGCAUGUACUUGAUGCAAAAUACCAAUCUGGCUUCUAUUUUUGUAAACUUAGUCUUUUUACUGUUUUUCUUUCACUCAAAUUAGUUCAGUUUUCACAUCAAAGCAGAAUACUCUCUUGUAUGCAUUUUUUUUAUUACAAGACCCAUGAACUGCUUUCCUGCUGAAAGUGCUCAUUUCUCUGCUUAUUUACUGACAUGUGAAGAAGGGUUUAUUGGUUUCUUAAACAUUUCCGUAAGGCAUGUUAAAAAUGCUGAACUUCAAACGUUAGAUGACUGUGGUCUCUUAAUAGGAACAGAUAUUGCUUGGUAUUUCCAGGUACUCUCUAAGGUCUAGUAUUAAAAAAGGAAUGUAUGUAUGUACUUCAGAAUAGCAGUACGUUUUAUGCAGAUGUGGAAAUGAUUUUAAGAAACAAUGACAUUAAAACUGCUUUUUAUUUACAUGAUUUGGAAAUUGACUAAAAAGCUUAUCCCAUAGAUAUUAUAUUAAUAUUCCAAUCAUAACUUUAAUUGAAGAAUGUAAGUCUGCAGAAAGAAAAAUUAUAAAAUUUCUGUUCAGGUUACAGGAAUUGGUUAUUAUGAAAGAAAAACAAAAGAAGGAAAAGAAUCCUGCUGUUUUCAGUAUUUCCUGAUUUAAUUUUUGUAAAUAUGAAGAGGAACUUCAAUUAUGAAAAAAUUUUAAAUGAUACAUAUAUGUGUUUUCUGUCUUAAAGAUUCAAAUUUUAUUUUCUGUCUUAAAGAUUUCAAGUUAUGUUAUUGUUUUCAGAUUGACUAAUUCAAGUAUGCUGUGUUUUGAAAUGAGAUCACAUUAGCCUUUUUUUCCCCCAAUAUAAAUUGUUUUUCAUAAAAAUCUGAUAUUGGUUGUGGCCUAGUGCCUUGGAUUUUACAGAAUUUUCCUUUUAAAUGCAAGCCCUCUUCAACAAAAUAGUGUUUGUCAUCAGUUUGGUACUAAACAUUUAUAAUUACUGUGUAAUUAUAAACAAAAAUACAUAAAACUUUGAAUAUAAUUAUGUAGCAUUAAAGUUAAGGUUGUUCACUAUGAUGGCAUCUUAGAAUUAAACAAAACUAUUACUAGGGCUGAAAAGAGAAAAUUGAUUUAAUGUGGUGUGAUUAUUCUGAGGAUAAAUGGUUACAGGGAUAUUUUGUACUAAAUAAUGCUUACACGUAUGGUUGUAUGCAUGUGUGAGUGUGUGCGAGUUUGUGAGAGAGGAAGACACAUACACACACAACUUGAAUUGCUUUAAUUCAUAAGUGUUUCAGUCUUCAUUCUGGUCACCUCCCCAUGCUGAUUCUUUGUUUCAAACUGACCCACAGGUACAGUUUCGUUUUUGCCAAAUGUCAGAACAGGUACACAUUUUAAAAUGUAAUGCUUUUUAAAUAGUAAAAUGUAUAAAAUUAGAAGUACCCACAUAUAAAAAUACUUGAGAAUCAAGGUUAUCUUUAGUAAAUAUCAUCUGCAUAUCUCUGUAAGUUCAAUUGUGUUUCUUACAAUCCCUGUCAUAUUACCAACAGAGGCAAUAAAAGCUUCAGUGAAAUUGC